GUUGAGUGGCGGGAAGUUGGGUCCUGCGUGCACGAGGCGUGCACGAGCAUUUGUGGUUAACUGUGCAACAGGACCUUAGUGUCCACAGUAAGAGAGGAAGUUGCUGGUCUACGCUGCUACCCGGUAGCAAGAAGCCCGGUAUGGGUUUUCUGUCCCGCCGGCCUGGAGCUCAGUAGGCAGACAGGAGCCCUGGAGCAGCCAGGUUUCUGGGCAUCUGUGGGCCUAGUGAUGCGGAGGAUUUUGGGGUUCCGGAGUCCCGCCCCCAGUCCACUGAUGGACAGCUCGGAGGCGGGGAGUAACAGCAGGGCUGAGCGGGGUGCCGUGGCUCAGCCCAGCCUCUGGGACCAGCUCCGAGACAAAGAGCCCAGCAAGCUCCACAAAGCCGCCAGUGCGGGCGACGUGGCAAAAGUGCAGCGGCUUCUGUUGCUCGGGAAAAGCGACUUGAACGACCGAGACAAGCUGGACAGGACUGCACUGCAUUUGGCCUGUGCCAAUGGCCACCGAGAAGUUGUAACUCUCUUGGUGGAGAGAAAAUGCCAACUUGACCUCCAUGACAGUGAAAAUAAGACAGCUCUGGUGAAGGCGGUACAAUGCCAGCAAGAAGAAUGUGCUGCUAUUCUGCUGGCACAUGGUGCUGAUCCUAACGUGAUGGACUCCUACGGGAACACUGCUCUCCACUACGCUGCCUCUUGUGACAAUUUGCUGUUAGCUGAAACACUGCUUUCGCACAAUGCAGAUAUUGAAGCAAGGAACAAGGAUAACCUCACACCACUUUUACUUGCUAUAAGUGAAAACAAACAGCAAAUGGCAGAAUUUUUAAUAAAGAAGAAAGCAAAUAUCCAUGCAGCAGAUAAAAUACAAAGGCUUUCCAGCAAGCCCAACUCUGAUGACUCAGGAACUACAUCCAAUGAGGACUUCAAUUUUCAAACCAAGGAAAGAACAGCAAAGCCAGUAAUUGGAAAAAGAGAAAGUGAUAUUGAUAUUAUUCAGAGUGCUCCACAAGACCAAAAAAAUAAUGACAAUUUGACUUAUGAUGAGAAAGCACACACAGCUACUAUAAAUUGCUCUCCUGAAAAAUACCUUCAUUUUGAGCCCACCACUGAAGUGAAAGAUCCUGUUCCCGAUAAAGCAGUAGGGAUGAAUGAUGUGCAAAUAUCCCAGUCAGAUUUUUCAGUUUGGAACUCUACUGGUUUGACUCUCAGAGACGAGACUCAUCAGAGCUUAAAGGAUUUGAAAGUUGAUGAUAAAUGUCUAGUUGUAUCACAACCAGCAUCCUUGGAAUUGGGACAGAUGACGCUCAAAAAUAAUAUUGGAAUUGUGUUUCUAUAUGGGAGUGAGACACCCUAUGACGUAUGUGAAUCACAAUUAUCAGAAAACAAAGAGAAAAAAGAAGAAAUGACAUCAGAGAAAGAUCAAGAAAAUCGUGAAGAAAGUGCAAACGACUACCUACAAGUUGAGGAAGGAAAGACAUACAAAAGUGGAGAAGUAGAAGUAUCAGAAAAUAUGUGUGAUGCUGCUGAUCAAUUAAUUCAACAAAGACAGAAGGAACCAAUGGAUAACCAGCUUUUUCCUAUUGUGGAGAAUGAAGAUUCUGAUAGCAGUGGCCCUAGCUUGUAUAUAAAGGAAGGGAAGGAAAAAGAAAGGAAAACACCUCCACCAGCAGAUUUCAUGAUUAUGCCAGUGAUUGAUGAGUCUGAUUCACUAACUUGUAGUGAACUUCAAGUGACUGAUGAUGACAGUCUCGGUGAAAUAGCUAAAAAUUCUGGAAGGACUGUAAAGAAAGCACCUAAUGAAAAGGACAAGGUCAAAAAACAAAUUAAAUUUAUGGAUAUCCUUGAUGACUCAACUCAGUCAUCUGCAACAAUUUCAGAGGAUUGUGUAUUGCCUUACACUAAUUAUGAGAGUUUUAUGUUGCUCAUUGAACAACUAGGCAAGGAUAGUAAAGAUUCUGUUAACUUACUGAAAAUCCAGGAUGCAGUUCUUUCGUAUGAAAGAUUAAUAGAACUUAAAGGAAAUCACUGUGGACUACUUGCAGGAAAAAUUGAGAAAAUGAAAAAUAAAGUCAGUGGACUACAAAAAGAGCUAUCAGAAACAAAAGAGAUAAGAUCACAGUUAGAGCUGCAAAAAGUAGAAUGGGACCAAGAACUCUGCAGUCUGAGAUUCGCCUUGAAACAAGAAGAAGAGAAAAGAAGAAAUGCUGUUUUCUUAUAUGAAAAAAUUAAGGAGCAGUUAAGAAAAACAGAAGAGCAAUACAGUAAAGAAGUUGAAGUGAAACAACAACUUGAAUUCUCUCUUCAAACACUAAACAUGGAUUUGAGAACUCUAAGAAGUAAUUUUUUUCAGGUUGCAGAAAAACUAAAUAAUGUUCAGAGGCAACUUUCUGAACAAAAGAGUGCCAGAAUAUUUCAAGAAGAAAUCCUGACCAGUCGUCUUCGCAAGCAAAAGGAGCUAGAAAUGAUUUAUGAGAAAAUGAAUUCUGAGCUUCAGAAGACGUUAGACGUUCUUCAAGAUGAAAGUGAGAAGCGACACCUUCUGCUGGAAGAAAAAAAUAAGGAACUGAUUAAUGAAUGUAAUACUUUAAAAGAAACACUCCAUAAGACUGAAAAUGAGAAAGUCGAAAGAGAAGCAACUGUGAAACAACUUCAAGAAGAACUGGCGGAUACUCUGAAAAAGCAAACUAUGUUAGAGACUUCACUGGCAGUUACAUCAUGUAUUAAAUUAGAAGACAAGGAGGAUUUAAAGAAGAAAGUUGAUGAUCUUAAUGCAAAACUGGAGACUUCGUCUUCAAAAUGUCUAUGUCUGACCACACAAAAUCAAGUUCUUCAACAAGAAUUACUAUGUAUGAAAAAAACGCUAAAGAAAUAUCAGAAAAUAGAGAGAAAUGAACAGAAGUUGGAAGAAGAAGUAGUCAACCUCAAAAGUCACAUAGAACAAAGAAUGGUAGAUUUACAUCAAGUAGAACAGUAUAAAGUAGAAAUUGAAGAAAGAGCAAGACAAGAUGUAACAGAAAAACUGAAAGAAGUUAAUUUAUUCUUACAGGAACAAGCAGCAUCUCAAGAAUACUUAGAGCAGUUAAGAGAGGAUAAUGAUGCUUUAACAAGAAAUCAAAUAGAACUCAGAAUUCAAGAUCUGGAAUCGGAAGUCUUCACAAUGAAAAAUUCUCAAGCUGAUUCUUAUAAAAGAAAAAAAGAAAUAUAUGUGCAACAAAUUGCAAACCUGGAAUCUGAACUGUCCAGCAUGAAAUCUCGGGAAAACUUUCAUAUUAUAGAAUUGGAAGAGUACAAGCAGCUCUACCUGGAACAACAUCAAGAAAAAAUGUCUUUGGAAAAUAAACUUAAAGAACUUCACAGAACUAAUGAGAGUCUAAGAGAGAUCAUCAACACCCAUCACAUGGAGCAAAAGCAGGACAGGUCUUUAUUCAGCACUCCUCCUGCAAGGCUAGAGUCAUCCUGUAUGGCAAAUCCUAAACCUAAUUUAAUGUUCCAAAGGAAUCUCAGUGCAAAAGAAGACCUGGCGAUUCCUACUCCAAGCCCCCAACAUUCAAAUAACAACAUGGAGAUUUAUAUGACCAAGAUGCAACAGCAGUUGGAACUAAAUAUUGUGAGAGAACUAGAAGAAGCUGCUGCUGAACUCGAGCCAGAAGUUUCUGCGUCCUUCCUUCUGUCAUCUACUAAUAAGUCACACGAAACUCAGGAUCUACUGUUGAAAACAUCACAAGAGUAUGUAGAUGUUUUGAAGAAAAACUAUAUGAUCUGAAAGAUAUACUGAACAAUCUAUUUACUGGGAUGUUCCCAUUAAAAACUUUGUUUUCCCUUCUUA